GAAUGCAUCUUUUUCCCGACUAGACCUGCAGCGCAGGUACGUUGCAGGAUUGUGUGAGUCACAGGACAGUGAGCUGUCGAUCCGGGACUGUGUCUUCAGUGUUUGGACCCCGCACAGCGCCUGAAACUUCCGCUUUCUCACCGAGUUUGUGUCACAAACCUGCCGAGUUUCAAGGAUGAGAAACAUCAGAGCAAGAACGUUAUUGCUGUCAGCAUCUCUUGGUCUGUUGGUCUUCCUCCUCUGUAAAGAUUUUAUUGACCUCAAAAGCAGUCACCUCUAUGCAAAUGUGAGAGAGGGUGACACUCAAAGAAGACAACCCACCAAGAACAGCUCCUAUGUAUACUCCUGGCCAGGAUGUCAACUAAAUACAUCUGCUGCAAAAGCCGCAAACUUCAGCUCUCUUCCUGAUAGUAUAAAAGACUUUCUGUACUAUCGACACUGUCGCCAUUUCCCCAUGCUGCUGGACCUUCCUGACAAAUGUGGAGGAGCUGAUAAAUCAGCAGACAUCUUCCUUCUGUUGGUCAUUAAAAGCUCUCCUGCAAACUACGAUCGCAGAGAGGUGCUGCGCAAAACCUGGGCUGAGGACCGAUUAUACAACGGUGUGCGGAUCCGAAGGCUCUUCAUCUCGGGAACGACGGGUUCUGGUUUUGAGAAAACGAGGCUGAACAAACUGCUCGAGCUGGAGCAACGUGAGCACAGAGAUAUCCUCCAAUGGGACUUCAGUGACACAUUCUACAACCUCACCUUGAAGCAGAUUCUCUUCCUGGAAUGGAUGGAAAGAAACUGUCCGAACGUUCGCUUCCUGCUGAACGGUGAUGAUGACGUCUUCGCCAACACAGACAACAUGGUCGAGUAUCUCCAAGGCCUCAAGGAUAACGAUGGAAGCAAGCACCUCUUUAUUGGCCAUCUGAUCCAGAAUGUUGGACCCAUUAGAUCAUCAUGGAGCAAGUAUUUUAUCCCAGUUCAGGUACAGGAGUCAGAAUCAUAUCCCCCCUACUGUGGUGGUGGGGGCUUCCUCUUGUCUGGCUAUACAGCUUUGGUCAUAUAUAAAAUGUCCCAGUCCAUCCCCAUUCUUCCCAUUGAUGAUGUUUACAUGGGGAUGUGUUUGGCCAAAGCAGGACUUCGUCCAGGUUCUCAUAUGGGUGUGAAAACAGCGGGACUGUACAUUCCCUCCGGUGCAAUAGAUGGAUAUGACCCUUGCUACUAUAAAGAAGUUUUACUGGUGCACAGAUUCCUUUCAGUCCACAUGUAUGUUAUGUGGCACAGAAUCCAUGAUCCAGAUCUGAAAUGUGGUCCUUCCGAGAAAAGGCUUUAGCGGCAAUAAACAGUAACUUAAAGAUAGCAAAAGAGUGACAUUGACAUUAUAGUUAGCUGCACCAAAUACAAAUACAGACUUUUUUCUAACAUACUGCAUAUGUGAUGCCUGAUCACCUCAUCCAUUGUUUGUUGGGUAAAACUUCAAGGUUGGCUACAUCUGAGCUCAUAGAUGCAAAGCACUAACAAAUGAUUAACCACAGAUCUGCUUUUUGUAUGGCUAUCGAUAUUAGGGUGAAAUUGACCUGUGCACAGAUAUAAAUCAUGCUUAACAACAGCUUAUGAAGGGCUGAGUUGACAGGGAGUUUGCAGAUAAAGGAACAAUCCACCUAAAACCCUUCGUCACAGUUUAAGGACAAACCGCUAGCUUGUCCAUAGGUUAUCCACCAUUGGCACAGCAGGCUAACCAAGCUUUGGAUUUCUCCACAUGUUGAGCCAGUGUGUGUGGGAUUUUUUUUUUAGCAUUUCCUGAGCCAAAAAAUGACUGUGUUUAAUCUGCUCUAAACUGCAAACAUUAGCAUGCCCAGCUAACUCUCUUAAAAUACAGCUGUUAUUUAACCCAGUGUUACUGUGAAAUACAAUGUGCAUUUCUUCGUAGGGUUCGGCUACAGCAUGCGAAUAAGAAAGCUUUGUUCAUGACUAACACAGCCACUGUGCGCUCAGUGUGGAGCAACGUUAGCGUCGUCUGCUCUGUACUGGACAAUCAGCUUUAGUCAGCUAAAAACAGUUAGAAAUCUAGUCUGGUGACAGGAUUUUAAACUAACUCAUGAAGCUAACAUUAGCUUAACUAUUAGCUACAGGUGAUCAAGUAUGAAAGCACUUAUGUGUUUGACAUGAAGGACCUAUUUUUUCAAAAACCGAGAAUUUUGAGAGGAAAAUUAAUUCACGUUCAUGUUUUAAAAAAAAUCACAUAAAGCUAACAGUGUGUAAAGUACACAAGAAUUUUCGUGUGUCAGUAUUUUAGUAAAUAUUCAUAUUUUUGACUAAAGCUGGGUAUUAAUGCACAAUACAUUCUGACUGCCAGCUGAAUCGUGUGCAUUUUACAUACAUGUCCCAAAAACAGCCAAUGACCAAAAGUUAGCAACAAAUGCUUCUUAGUCGUGUUUGUUUAUUGAUCAAACAGAUAUUUCCUGUUGUAAAUAAAUAAAUUUUAGAAAUGUAUUUAUACAGUGUACAGGCAAACAUCUAGUCCACCUGUACACCAGUAUUGUUUAACUUUUCAAACAACACCCAGCUGCAGGUGUGAACGGUGCAGAGCUAUAAUGUACACAAUAUUACAGAAAUUAACAUUCGAAAAUAAUUAUGCAGGGUUUCUUCAAUUAAUUAUGUAAAGAACAUAAUUUCAUGUCUUAAGUUCAUAACUUAAUAGUUUUCUUUAAUUUGGGGGUCGGGGGGGUUAUCUUGUGCAUCUUUAUUUGUGUUAGAACAAUAUGUUCAGAAAGAGUGCUGUUUUGUUUUUCUGCCUUACAUCAGUGCUUCUUAACCAGAUACCACUGUUGGAAUUGUUAAGAAGAAAAAAAGGUGUUUUUGAGGACUUACAGUACUGUCAAACACUCUUCACAAAGGGUCUCCAGUAUGUACAACCCCCAUUCCAAAGCAUUUGGGAUGCUGCAUAAAAUGAAAAAAAAAAAAAACAGAAUGCAAUCAUUUGCAUCAUUUUACAAA